AUGAAUCUGAAUAACCCGGCGAACCUGGUCGGUGGAGCCCCGCCGCCGGCGCACUUUGUGGGAGCUGUCGCCACGAGUGACGACGUUGGAACCUUCAAUGGCGGAAGUUAUCGCAUCAGCCACCGGGACACCAACACCAUCUUGACCGUUCAGCUGGCCAUGGGCGCCCCAUUGCAUGCAAAGCCAGGUGCCAUGGUUGCCAUGUCUCCAACAAUCACCCUCAAGGGCAAUGUCAAAUUCAGCGUCAAGAAGAUCAUCGCAGGCGGAGAGCUCUCCAGUUCCACGUAUACAGGACCAGGAGAGCUGAUCCUCGCGCCCUCGGCCCUGGGAGACAUUACGAGCAUCAGACUGACCGGCCAGGAGCAGUGGUCCGUGGGUCAUGACGCUUAUCUGGCGUCCACUCAAGCUGUUGUCAAAGAUUACAAGCGUCAGGGUCUAGGCAAGGCCAUCUUCAGUGGCGAGGGCCUCUUUGUUUACAAAAUCUCGGGAACUGGUCUGCUCUGGGUCUCGAGUUUUGGCGCCAUCAUCAGGAAAGACCUUGCCGCAGGCGAAAAAUACAUCGUGGACAAUGGCCACCUCGUGGCAUGGAAUACGAGCUACGUUUUGGAGCGUGUAGCUUCUGGCGGCCUCAUCUCUGGUCUUUCUUCGGGAGAAGGCCUUGUCUGCAAGUUCACCGGUCCUGGCACCGUCUUCCUGCAGACGAGGAACCCGAGAGAGUUUGCCGUCUUCCUUGGCGGCAUUGCUCCCCAGAACGCGUAA